AUUCCACACUUGAAGCCGCGUGCGUUAAUUUCCUUAGUUGCCGUUCUUGAAUCCUGUGGUCAAUAUAAUCUACUCUUGCCCCCUCACAUCUGUUUCUUCAGCAGGAAGGUUUCGCUACCUCUCUACUAAUCACUAUCGUUAAUUUUCUCUUUUGUUCUAUUAUUGGUAUAUUGCACUUAUCUAAUCAUGCUUCUUAAUUUAUCACCAAAGGUAUGAGUCUAUAGAAAAGGAUAUUGCUGGAUUAACAAAUGCUAAUAAAUAUUAUAUAGGCUAUCGCGAUAGCCUCGCUUCCUACCUUAGCUACCGCAGCUCUUUCUGGGUUCAGAACAGUCGGAACCUCAGGAUGUACUGCCCAGAUGGUCUUUGUGUACGAUCCCUUUUACUCUGUCACUAAAACUUGAUCUAUCGAUGAUGAGAGAAUUUUUGCCUUUAACAUGCAGCUUCUGAUACGUUGCAGGCCACCACACACAAACACAGUCGUAUUUAUCGACAACUACCAUGAGAAUUAUGGCGGACCUGGCUACAACCUCGCUACCGGUGCUCAUUCUACAACAUCCUAUCUCUACCCAGGUACCUCGAUAUCGGUUUUUGGAACCGAAUUUGACCUCACCACCAAUUCCAUUCGACCCGUAAAACCACUGUCUAAUACUUUCUGCUCUGCUGGAGCUUUCUUUCCCAACGGUACUAUGCUGAACAUGUCUGGCGCUGAGCAAGCGCGCGGUAUCACCCAGGGAUUUGACAAAUUGAGAACAUUCAACCCAGGUCCAUGCCAAGGCACCUGUAAAACCGAUUGGGUGGAACUGCCGACCACGUUACAAGUUUAUCGUUGGUAUCCUACCUCUAUAACAAUGGUAUGUUGAGACCAAGCAUAUUAAGCCCAAGACAGCAACAUAUCAACAGCAGUACUGAUACUUGUGGAAUAUCAGACUGACGGUAGCAUCCUUGUUGUUGGUGGCUCCAACAAAGGUGGACUGGUAUUGAACGAGGCGAACAUCAACGUACCAACCUACGAGAUAAUGUAAGUCAAUUAUGUGCAAGUACCACAAAGAAAUAUCCUGCUGACAGAAAAAUCAAGCCACAAAGAUGGAAGGAGACCAAAGGCUCCAGUUACUCUUCCAAUUCUCGAGUUUACCGCAGCCGAGAACCUUGACCCCGGUAAAAGCUACAACUUGUAUCCUAUGUGUAAGUUAUCAGAUGAAAACAGGAAAAGAAGCACUUGUUGAUUUUUGACUCGCUUAGUGUAUACUCUUCCAAACGCAGAAGCCAAGGAUUACACUUUCGCCGUUGCAGGGAACCGUAGUGUCAUUUGGGAUUUCGCUAAUGACGUUUUGGUCAAAACUCUCCCGGAUACACCACUUCAACCUCGUACCUUCCCAUCCUCAGCCACCGCAGUAAUGCUACCACUUCAAUACCCAGAUUACAACCCUACUGUACUAGUCUGUGGUGGUUGCUCGGGUGAUAUGCCUGUGCCUAUAGGCUUAGACGACUGCUGGAGAAUUGACCCAAACAGUGCCAACCCUACUUGGGUUCGAGAUGAUACAAUGCCAAAUGGAGCACAAGUCAUGAGUGUAUGAAUCAACGCUUCUUCUAGUAAAUCUUUGGCUAAUAUGAUUGAUGAAUAGGAUGGUAUCAACCUGCCUGACGGCACGAUUCUGUUUAUCAAUGGUGCUCGAACUGGGUCAGCAGGUGGUUUACAAGCAGACGUAAGUCAUGAACAAAAUCUCAUCUCACAAUUACUAACUAGAAAAUGCAGGACCCUGUUUUCACACCUAUGAUCUAUAACCCAAGUGCACCUGCGGGAUCUCGUUUCACGAACCUUCCAGUAACUACAAUUCCACGAAUGUAUCACUCAGUUGCAACUUUGCUCCCAUCAGUAUGAAAAUCACCGUGUACAACAAACUUCUCACAGAGAACUAAUAUUCCAAAUAGGGAGAAGUACUUGUUGCCGGUUCCAAUCCAGUGGUCGGUUACAGCAGAACCGGGAAAGUGGGAAGCAGGUAAAGUUCUCCUCCUUAAAUAUUUACCUCUAAAUUCUUGAUUGAUGAGGGUAAAAACUAACAUUUAUCUACAGAUGGCCAAGAUUCAACAACAACGGCCACUUGGCGGCUCUCGAACAGCAACAACGGAGAGAGUCUGCGUAUCCAUCCGAGUACCGUGUAGAGAUUUUCACACCACCAUAUCUCUCCACCAAUUUGCGCCGCCCUAUAAUUAUGGCAGCACCAGAAAAGAUCUCUUAUAACUCUGACUUCACGGUUAUGACAGAGCUUUCUGGAGGCGCAAGAGUAAGAGGAAAAGUACAAAUAUCACUUGUCGCCGCUGGUUUCCAUACCCACGGUAUGGCGAUGGGUCAGAGAGUCAUUAUGUCAGGAUACAAAGCGGUCCCCAAUACCAAGGAUUUUGUCGUCAAGUCGCCUAGAGAUGCCAGCGUAAUGCCUCCAGGGUAAGUCUUUCUUUAUCCCCCUUAUUACUUAGUUUUACUGAGACCAUUUUUAGAAUUUAUUUGCUCUUCGUUGUCAACGAUGGUGUUCCUUCAAAUGGAACUUGGAUUUCGUUGGAAUAGGCUUUAGAGUUAUGAAUGGUAAUGGAUACGAUUGAUUGGAGAAGGUUGAGUCUUAGCGAACGACGUGUCAAAGAUAUGUAAUGUAGUAAUAAUUAAUAGUCAAUGCCAAUUAGAAAUUUCUUAUGUCA